UUUUCACUUCCUCACAUGACCGUUACAAAAUGGCGACGCGCAGAGGCAGCUUGAAAUCUCUGCUGCUUUCAUUAUGUAUUGUAUUUACUUGUUCCAACGCAGCAGUUACACAACUAUGGGUCGUGUAUGACAGCAUUGGACAAACCUUCAAAAUUAGUAACGUUUCACAAUCCGACUAUAUCGCAGUGGCCACUUUUGAUAACACUGUCAAUCAAACAGGAUGGGCCAAGCUAGACAUCACAACAACAUCUGGAGUCAAUCGCAAGUACUCAGAUCUUCAGCAGUCUUAUGCUGCUGGCUUUGUGGAGGGCCACAUCACAAGGUCUUUAAUUGGAAUGCACUGGAUUAACACAGCAGCCGGCUUCUGUCCUGAGCCAUUGUCUAACCAGUGCCAUGAGCUGAAGAAGUUUCUAGAACAAAACUGGGCCUGGAUGCUCCAGCAGAUUAGUGCAGCCGGUCAACAGAGUCCGUACUGGUAUCAUGUCAACUUGUUUCUUCAACAAGCUGUGGGGCUACAAGAUGGCUACUCAAACUAUCCCGGCUAUCUUAACAUGGACAUUGAUGUCUUGGGGCUAUAUUUCUUCCAGGUGGGGGGUGACAUGGAGGACCUGGGAGAAAUCUUCCCGUCGUUGUCAAAGUUCAGGUCCAGCCCUGACGCUGACGACAGUUGGGAUGUAGGUCGAGGUCACUGCUCGGCGUUGCUGCGUCUGCUGCCAGACUUCUCUGACCUGUACGUAUCGCAGGACACCUGGAGUGAUCUCCCCUCCAUGUUGAGGGUACUCAAGCGUUACAGCCUUGACCUUCACUUGCUGCCUCAGUAUGACAUCGCCAUCGCAGGUCACACCAUGACUUUUUCCUCCUACCCUGGAGUCCUCAUGUCUGGGGAUGAUUUCUACCUCAUCUCUUCUGGACUGCUGAGCCAGGAGACGACCAUUGGCAACUCCAAUCCUGACCUGCUCAAGUACAUCACCUACAGCUCCGUGCUGGAGGGGAUACGCAGCAUGGUGGCCAACAGGCUGGCGGCCUCGGGGAAAGAAUGGGCCGACACUUUCUCACAGUUCAACAGUGGGACGUACAACAACCAGUGGAUGAUUGUAGACUACAAAAGGUUCGAGUCCCUGCGUCAGACAGCUGUGCCUGGCCUGUUUUAUCUGUUGGAGCAGAUCCCUGGCACCAUUGUGUAUGAUGACUUGUCUGAACUGUUGUUUAACCAAACCUAUUUUGGCAGCUACAAUGUUGCGUAUUUCCCCGAGAUCUUCAACAAAAGUGGCCAGCCUGCCAUGGUCCAGAAGUACGGGGACUGGUUCACCUACGACAAGAACCCCCGGGCCUUGAUCUUCAAACGUGACGUCACCAACGUCAGGGAUCUGACCACAAUGACCAAACUCAUGAG